AUUAAGACAGGUAUUUUGUAAAAGCACUUUGUGACAACUGCUGUAAAAAGGGCUUUAUAAAACAAUUUGAUUGAUUGAUAGGCAGCGUUAGGACGGCUAUUUCAGGGUUAGUUUCCUGGCGGCCUCUCAAGCCCUGAAUGUUUAACCCAGCCACAGUAAAUCUACAUGUGAUCUUCACAGGACCUCGCUGUCAACUCUCUUCCACGCUCCCACCCUUCACUGAAUAAUUCCCUGGAGAAGUUGUGUGAUUACCCCAGGCAGACCUGAUUUUACUGAUGUUCCUAACGAGAGAUUCUGGUCUCAAAAUGAAAUGUGGGUCUGUAGAUGGACCUAGCCAGCGGUCAAUACAGAGCAUCUGUUUUAUUGACAUUAGUCUGAAACAGUGUUCUCUGCCCUGGUGUUCCCAGGCAGACUAGUUAUGUUUCGGAAACUCCAACUGUCAGGUGCCACAUACAAUGUGAACAUUGUACAUACAUGUAGGUCAUAAAUGCGCCAGGUCACUACUCGAGGGUUUGGACGUCCGAGACAUUCCAAUGUGUAAGUGUUCUGUGAGGAGUAGUCAGACACACCUUAUUGAGUUAGAUUCCCCUCAGCUGACUCUGUCACACAGAUUAACCAAGGACAUGCUGCUCUUCUUAAUUAAUUACUAUUAUGUCUGUGUGUGACCUUCACCGGACAGUUAUAUAGUAAGCUAUUGUGGAAGCCAGGUGAGCAGCGUGGAGAGAUAAAGAGCGUGGGGCAGACACUGGUCUAUUCAGGAAUGCUCGGUGGCUGGCAGAACUCCCCCAACCACGUACACGCACACGUGCACACACAAACACCCACACACACACAGAGAAAGAGAGAGAGAGAGAGAGAGAGAGAGAGCAGUCCAGUCUCUCUCCAACAGAGUUGUCCACACAUAUCCGCGUGCUCCGGAACAUUCUUCCACGUCAUCACACUUUAAAGAGGAAAUCUCGCCCAGGAGAAAUAAUCUAAAUCCACUAGAACCCUUGGAAAGAGAGAAAGAGGAGAGUGAGAAACUGAGAAGAGAAGCAAGAGACAGAAUGAAAGAGUGCUCUGUGUGGCUCCAUGGAGACAGCGUGGACUCUGUGUGAAGCCUCAGUCAGAAGGAAGGAUUUGAGAAGGUGGUGGGCCGUGAGUGCAGUACUUCCCCAUAGAUUCUACGGGUUUUACCGUGUCCGAUGGGCAGUGGUAGCAGUAGCCGUCUGUUUGGUACCCUGGCCCAGCAGAACUACCUCAGAGACCCAGAACCCCAGGACUCAGACCAGGACCAGGAAGGCCUGGAACGGGCCGACCCAGACCAACUGCUUAGGGAGUGUGAGAAGGCCCUCCAGAACAGGCCGGCUCGGCCGCACAGGGACCUGGUCUACCCCGCGGACCCGACACAACAGCACAGACACCGGAACCAGCAGGACACUCCAUCCAUACGGGUCAUGACCUGGAACAUCCUGGCUCAAGGUAAUAGACCAUCCAUACGGGUCAUGACCUGGAACAUCCUGGCUCAAGCUCUAGGUGAAGGUAAGGACAGCUUUGUGCGCUGUCCUCAGGAAGCUUUGAACUGGGAAGAGAGGAAAUACAUGAUCCUGGAGGAGAUCCUCACCUACCGCCCCGACAUCCUGUGUCUACAGGAAGUGGACCACUACUAUGACACCUUCCAGCCAAUCCUGGCCAGCUUGGGUUACCAGAGCACCUUCCUGCCCAAGCCCUGGUCCCCCUGCCUGGAUGUGGCCAGCAACAACGGCCCGGACGGCUGUGCCCUCUUCUUCCGCCGCGCCCGCUUCAGCCUCCUCCACACCUCCCACCUGCGCCUCUCCGCCAGGAUGCUGCCCACCAACCAGGUUGCCAUAGUUCAGACGCUGCGUUGCCGGGUGACGGGCCAGAGGCUGUGCGUUGCCGUGACCCACCUGAAGGCCCGGAGUGGCUGGGAGAGGAUGAGGAGCGCCCAGGGGACCGACUUGCUGCACAGCCUGAGGGCCAUCUCCUCGCGGCCAUCCGGGUCGGACCCGGAAACCGCCUGCAGGGACGAGCCCGGGAGAGGGACGGAGGGGCUUCCUGUCAUCAUAUGCGGAGACUUCAACGCCGAGCCAUCGGAGGACGUGUACAGGCGUUUUGCCUCCUCCCCCCUGGGUCUGGACUCCGCCUACAAGCUGCUCAGCGCCGACGGGCAGACGGAGCCGGCCUACACCACCUGGAAGAUCCGUCCCUCCGGCGAGAGCUGUAGCACCCUGGACUACAUCUGGUACUCCCACCGGGCCUUUGCCGUGGACACCCUGCUGGACAUACCCACGGAGGAGCAGAUCGGGCCCGACCGCCUGCCGUCGUACCACUACCCCUCUGACCACCUGUCGCUGAUCUGCGACGUCUACUUCAGGGAUCCCAAGGACCAUGGCCAUAGGCUGACGUAGGCUGCCUGUCGGUCACGGGAACCGUGGGCCCAGUUUGGGACAAAGGAGGAGACGUGAUGGUAGAAUACGUGGGGGGGCCAUGAUGCGGCAGAACUGGGUGUUUAUUUCUGGGGUGAGAUUUGAUUUGACAGAAUUUACACCAGAUUAGUUAUUUUAUUUAUUUUGUACUAGCACUUGCAAUAAUGUAUUGACACAGAUGUAACGGUAUCCCCUCUGGAUCUAUCCUGUUGAAACUGGUUUUGAGGUUCUGGAGAAUCACAUAACUGGGCAUUUUCAGAGAUGGUAAAAUAAAAUACUUUUGACACCGUGUUUUAGAUUUGUCCAAAUCCAAGUCAUGCUCACAAAUGUUGAUACUUUGCCUAGUUUUGAUGUGUCCCAGACAUCACAUUUGUCUAGGCUGCAGAUAAAAUGCUAAUAUAUUCACCUGGUUGAAAACUAGCAUUUGAACUUAAGUCAACUCAAGAAGUAUUGACCAUAUACAUAAAAAUGUUUUGUGUUUGAGAAAUGAUUAUAAUGAAAUAAAAGUAUACCGUUCCCCUUA